AUGUCUAAGGAAUUUACUUACUCCGACGUUUCGUCGCACUCCGCGAAAAAGGACUUGUUCCUGGUUAUUCACGAUAAGGUCUACGAUAGCUCCAGCUUCGUUGAUGAGCAUCCAGGUGGAGAGGAGGUUCUGCUUGAUGUCGGUGGACAAGAUGCAACCGAGGCUUUCGAGGAUGUUGGACACAGUGAUGAGGCACGAGAGAUCCUGGAGGGCUUGCUUGUCGGAACAUUGAAGCGUCAGCACGGAGACCCAGCUCCUAAGAUUUCUACUACUACUACUACCACAUCAACAUCCAGCGGCAACACCGGUAUGGGCAUCGGACUCUACGCAAUCAUCCUUCUCGGUGGUGCCCUCGCCUUUGGUGCAUACAAGUACGUGCAAAGCCAAGAGGGCAAGGCAUAA